AUGGCUGACCAAACGCCCGACAACUGGGAGGAAGACCUCUCCAGUCAAGCCAACAACAUGAACUUGAAUAACGGCAACAACAACUUCCAAGCUCAAACUCCCUCGUUCCACCCUGGUGCAGCAUCGUUCCAACCCGGAGCUAACACGUUCGUUCCUGGCCAGCAGUAUCAGCAAUACGGAUACCCUCAAUACCAGCAGCAGCAGCAAGGCUAUUAUCCCGCCUUCAACCAACAACAACAGCAAGGCUACAACCAGUACGGUGGCUACGGACAGCAACCUGGCAACUACAACCAAAUCUACAACAACCAGUACAGUGGUGGCGGCUACAACCAAUACUCGCAACAACAGCAACCACAAUUUCGUCAGGCUCCUGCUGCCCAAAAGGCUCCUGCCGCCGAACCAGCCGCCCCAGCUGCGCAAGCCCCUAAACCCGCAGCAGCUCCCAAGGCCAAGGUUCUAUCUCUCGGAGAUAGUUCCAGCGCUCCAAAGGCCAAGGUCCUUUCUAUUGGUACUCCGGCGGCGACAAAGACCACCAAGGACGAAACUGCACUUGGGGAUACUAAGGGCGCCGCUGCCGUGGAGGCUGCCAACAAGGUAACUGCAGCCAAGGCAAUUGAAAAGACAGAAAAGAAAGCAGAGGCAAAGGCUGCAAGCAGCGGAAAUGCUUCCCCCGCUCCCUCUUCUGGCAACAACAGUCCCGGACGCAGCAGCCCUGCCCAAAGUGACGGUCCCAAAGCCGUUCGCGACGCCGAUGCAGUUACCCGUGAACAGAAAGCCGAUGUUGAUGAAGCUACGUUGAAGGAAAUUUACGGCGAAAAGCGCGAACACGUCAACCUCGUGUUCAUCGGUCACGUUGAUGCCGGAAAAUCGACUCUCGGAGGUUCCAUUUUGUACGCCACAGGCAUGGUCGAUGACCGUACACUAGACAAAUAUAAGCGCGAUGCUAAGGAUGCUGGUCGUGAGACAUGGUAUUUGUCAUGGGCAUUGGAUUUGACAAACGAGGAGCGUGCCAAGGGUAAAACCGUCGAAGUCGGUCGUGCCUUUUUCAAGACUACCUACCAAGGCCCUGACGGCGAGGUCGAGCGUCAUUUCACCAUUCUCGACGCUCCCGGUCACAAGUCCUUUGUGCCGCACAUGAUUGGUGGUGCUUCGCAAGCCGAUGUUGGUGUGUUGGUUGUUUCGGCUCGUAAGGGUGAGUACGAGACUGGUUUUGAGAAGGGAGGUCAGACCCGAGAGCAUGCUCUUUUGGCCCGAAACACCGGUGUCAAGAAGCUCAUCGUCGCCGUGAACAAGAUGGACGACCCAACUGUCGAGUGGGCCAAAUCUCGUUUCGACGAAUGUACCAUCAAGAUUGCCAAGUUUUUGGAGAAUUUGGGUUACAAGAAGACAGAUUUGACUUUUAUGCCCAUUUCCGCCCAGCGCACCCUGGGUAUCAAGGACCGCAUCCCCAAAGAUGUUUGCCCAUGGUACGACGGACCCUCUCUUCUCGAAUAUUUGACCGACAUGAAGAUGCCUGAACGCAAGAUCAACGCGCCUUUCAUGAUGCCCAUCAGCGCCAAGUACCGUGAUAUGGGUACUAUGGUGGAAGGUCGUAUCGAGUCUGGUGUUUUGAAGAAGACCAACAAUUACGUCAUGAUGCCCAACAGAGAAGAAGUAGGCAUUUCCGCACUAUAUGGUGAAACCGAAGAUGAAAUCGCCACUGCCACCUGCGGUGACCAGGUCCGACUUCGUCUUCGUGGUAUCGAAGAAGAGGACAUUCUUCCCGGUUUUGUCCUUUGCUCUCCCAAGCGACCAGUCCACUGUGUUUCUGCAUUUGAGGCCAAGAUUCGAAUUUUGGAGUUGAAGAGCAUUCUCUCUGCUGGUUAUAACUGUGUCUUGCACGUGCAUUCUGCUAUCGAAGAAGUCACCAUUGCUGCAUUGUUGCAUAAGCUCGAGCCCGGCACAGGCCGUAAGAGCAAGCGGCCACCUGCUUUUGCCAGCAGGGGUCAAACUAUCAUUGCCCGUGUGGAAGUCACUGGUUCCGCAGGUGCUGUCUGUGUGGAGAGAUAUGAGGAUUACGACCAACUUGGUCGAUUCACUUUGCGUGACCAGGGACAAACCAUUGCCAUUGGUAUGAUCACAAAGUUGAUCCUUAACGAAGAAUCCGCUUAA